AUGACAGAAAACGUUCGAGUCCUCCUCGUCGGCAAUGGCGGCCGCGAACAUGCGCUUGCCUGGAAACUCUUGCAAUCGCCUGCGACCGAGCACAUUUACGUGUGCCCUGGUAACGGCGGGACUGCCACGCUUUCGCCAAAGGUGACUAAUGUCACGCAUGUCAAGGACACGGACUUUGCAGGCCUUGUCCAGUUUGCAAAAGAGAAGGAAAUCAAUCUGUUGAUACCAGGGCCUGAAGCGCCGCUAGUUGCGGGCAUUGUCGACUACUUCAAAGACAAUGGACUAGAGAGCAUCAAGGCGUUUGGCCCUUCGAAGAAGGCGGCCACUAUGGAGGGCAGCAAGACGUUCAGCAAGGAUUUCAUGAAGCGCCAAAAUAUCCCCACUGCAGCCUACGAAAACUUUAGCAAGUACGAGGAUGCAAAGGCAUACCUCGACACCAUUUCGCACUCGGUGGUGAUCAAGGCCUCGGGCUUGGCAGCUGGAAAGGGUGUUAUUAUACCGCAGAGCAAGGAAGAAGCACAGGCGGCGCUCAAAGACAUUAUGCUAGAUCGCGAGUUUGGCGCUGCAGGCGACGAAGUCGUGAUUGAGGAAUUCCUCGAGGGCGAUGAGCUGUCCAUCCUCACAUUCAGCGACGGCCACACAAUCAAGUCGCUCCCGCCCGCACAAGACCACAAGCGCAUCUUCGACAACGACCAGGGCCCCAACACAGGAGGCAUGGGCACGUAUGCGCCCACACGUAUUGCGCCCCGCGACGUUCUCGACCGCAUCGACAAGGAGAUUCUCCAGCCCACAAUCGACGGCAUGCGCAACGAGGGUUUUGAGUUCAAGGGCGUGCUCUUCACGGGCUUGAUGAUGACCAAGGAUGGUCCCAAGGUCCUAGAAUACAACGUCCGCUUCGGCGACCCAGAGACGCAGAGCCUGCUCGCACUCAUGGAGGGCGACCUCGCCCAAGUCAUGGUGGCAUGCGCAGACGGGCGCCUGCAAGAUGUCGAUGUAAAGGUAUCUGACCGUUCGGCUGCUACCGUCGUAGUCGCAGCCGGCGGCUACCCAGGCAGCUAUGCAAAGGGCACAGUCAUGACACUGGAUCCCACACCUGAAGACGUCGUGCUCUUCCACGCAGGCACUUCCUUCUCAGACAACACGCUCAAGACAUCGGGAGGCCGUGUCAUUGCAUCGACAGCCACAGCACCCACGCUCGAAGAAGCAGUCGCAAAGGCCUACGAGGGCGUCAACUGCAUCCACUUUGACGGCAUGCAGUUCCGCAAGGACAUCGCGGGCCGCGCUUUGAGAAAGUAGCUGAACGCGCGGUUUCUGGCGGCGAGCAGGAUCGAGACUGGAAUUGAAUUGGGCGUUUUUUUUUUCUUUUUCUUCUUCUUCUUUAAGAAAGCAAUUAUGGAUUGGGGUUCAUAUA